AGGUGGACAAGGUGGCUGACAUCGUUUGAGCUGUAUGCAGACGGUAAAGGACUUAUUCUGACUAAUGAUGCCACGGAUGCCAUUAAGCAGCGGAGGCGCGCUCUUUUACUGCACAUGGCCGGACAAGACGUGCAGGACAUUUUCUCCACGUUACCGCGAACAGGAGAGGCAACGGAUUAUGCUGCGGCAGUGACUGCGCUGAACACAUAUUUUGUUCCACAAGUGAAUGCAGCAUAUGCACGUCAAACUUUUCACAAAAUAUCCCAGAAACGAGGUGAGACUGUACAACAAUUUUGUACUCGCUUAAGGCAAGCUGCCAAGGACUGUGAUUUUCGUGGUGAUAAUGAUAACCAAAUAAGAGAUGCUAUCUUGAGUAAAUGCACGUCUGAAUAUGUGCGAAGAAAAUUACUGGAGGAUGGCCCAGGUUUAACGUUGGCUCGUGCGUUGGAGUUAGCCUCACAAUGUGAACGUGUGGAGGAGCAAAUGGCGGCGAUGAGCAUCACCGAGGAAAAGAAAAGCGAGAACACAGUUAACCGGAUUGUUACGACAAAGAAAGGAAAGUACAUGAAACCAAAAGAAAAAGCGAAAGAGGACAAUAAAACAGAUAGACAGUGUUACAGAUGUGGAUUCACCGACCACAUGGGAAAAGAUCCCAAAUGCCCAGCACGUGGACAAACAUGUCACAAAUGCAAUGGUAAGGACCAUUUUUCAAAAAUGUGUCGCACAAAAAGACAAAAGAAACAAAAAGUAAAUACGCUGGAUGAAUAUGCAUUUAUUGUAAAUGAUGAUAAGGUACCUGAUAAACUGUCGUUUUCUGUGGGGGGAGUUGAGUUAAAAAUGUUGAUUGACUCUGGUGCUACAAGUAACAUAAUGGGAGAAAAUGUAUGGGAAAAACUCAAAGCUGAAAAGAUAAAAUGCUGCUCAUAUGUACUUAAAGAGCAGAGGAAGCUAUAUGCUUAUUCUUCAUCACAAGCAUUGACCAUUAAAGGAGCAUUCAGAUGUGAAGUAAAGAUCGGCAACAAGA